CUUUUGUGAACCGAGUGUCCACAAUAGGACCGCCGCGGCGGUUGUUCGACAGCCGAGAGGACACUUUUUUUAGCCACAUUUCAAAAAAUAAAAUCUAAAAUCAAAAAAUCCAUCUCCUUCAUCAACCCAUCUUCUUCUUCACUUCAAAAAAUCAAAAGAAAACGAAAAAAAAAGGAAAUCCGGCGACCGCCGCGCCGGGGCGGACGCACAAUAGGCAGGCGCGCUCGCGCACCGGCGUGCCCUAGCCGCCUGCUCGCCGAUGGAUGUUCCGCCCCCUUCCAUUCGUCCGCGUCGGGGCGGACGCUUUUCCUACAAUAGUUCGCCGGGGCGGCGGCGACCGCCGGCCGCCCCUAUAGUGGAUGCUCAUUCCCAAUUCAUUUUUUUAAUUCCAAUAUCAAAUCUCAAUUUUUUUUCAAAUCCACUCUCCGAAAAUGGACUCUGGCGAUGAGUAUCAACGCGCAUGGGAUGAGGCCUGGGAUGAGGUCUAUGACGCGUUGGUUGAAGAGGUUGAGCAAGAAGCACGGGAGGAGGAGGAGCGCAUCAUGAAUCCUUUCGUUUAUGAAUCUGACACAGACAGCGAAGAGGAAUCUGAUGUCAGUGGUUCUGAUGGGGAUGAUGUAUCCUGGAUUUCAUGGUUUUGCGACUUGCGUGGAAAUGAAUUCUUCUGUGAAGUCGACGAUGAAUACAUCCAAGAUGAUUUUAAUCUUUGCGGGUUGAGCAGUCAAGUACCAUAUUAUGAUUAUGCACUUGACCUUAUUCUGGAUGUUGAAUCUUCUCAUGGUGAUAUGUUCACUGAGGAACAAAAUGAAUUGGUUGAGUCGGCUGCUGAAAUGCUCUACGGCCUUAUCCAUGUCCGGUACAUCUUGACCACCAAGGGAAUGGCGGCAAUGUUAGAGAAGUACAAGAAUUAUGACUUUGGAAGAUGUCCAAGAGUUUAUUGCUGUGGACAGCCUUGUCUUCCCGUUGGACAAUCAGACAUUCCACGCUCCAGUACCGUAAAAAUAUACUGUCCCAAAUGUGAAGAUAUUUUCUAUCCACGAUCCAAAUAUCAAGGCAAUAUGGAUGGAGCAUACUUUGGGACCACUUUCCCUCAUCUAUAUUUGAUGACCUAUGGGCACCUCAAGCCACAGAAGCCUGUGCAGAGCUAUGUCCCCAGAGUUUUUGGGUUCAAACUCCACAAGCCUUGACGAAUGAGUCGUCGUCACAUGCAGUUGAAAUUAAUAUUGCUUGGGUAAAUGUUUUGUAUCUGGUGUACCAAGUGGCCACGCGACAGAACAGGAGACGAGACUCACUCCUGAGGACAACAUUGAAUUGCAAAAAUAUUCAAGGAAGAAAAAGAGCCUCUAUGUAAGCUAAUAUCUUUUCCAUGCUGAGAGAUGCUUGAAGCACUUACUCCUGUAGUUUUUCCCGUGUGCACAGCACAGCAAUAUAUUGAAAUUUACGCUAGGGUCAUCAAAUUUUUGCUACAAAAAUGUUGACGAAUUUAA